CUGAACAUGCGAAUAGUCCUUGUUCGUCAUCUUCUCCCCAUGUUUCUCUCUCUGUUCAAUGGUCCAAUACGACCAAUACUUGUUCUUUGCCUCUUUUCUUACCUGGAGGCUGGACUCUCUCUCUCUCUCUCUCUCUCUCUCUCUCUCUCUCUCUCUCUCUCUCCGUAUACAAUCAUUUCUUACACUAACCCACGGCACUAGACUCGCUCAAUCUCUCUCCCACCCCAAAAAUCUCCCCAUCUUUUCUUACACACUCCCCCACGUUUCAUUCCCCUUGUCUUCUCACUCUAGGGUUCUGAUUCACUUCACGCACAAAAUGAGCAACAAAUUGCCACCUGGGCUGGUCUCAAAUCUUCAAAACGUGCUUUCCAACAGAAAGGGCUCUGAAAAACCAGAAGAAACCAACACAGAAUCAGUGGCUUCCUCUGAUAAAGUUGAAGCUGAAUUUGAUGAGGCAAAGCCCAUUGUGUUUGUUACAAAUGCUGAUGGAAUUGAUUCACCUGGGCUUAGGUUUCUUGUGCAGGCCCUGGUUGCUCAAGGCCUUUAUAAUGUCUUUGUUUGCGCUCCUCAUUUGGACAAAUCUCACACUGGACAUUCUCUGACUGUGGGAGAAUCUGUUGCUGUUUAUUCAGCUCAGAUAGAUGGCGCAUUUGCUUAUGAACUUUCUGGGACUCCCGCAGAUUGUGUAACACUAGCAUUAUCUGGGGCACUGUUUUCUUGGUCUAAGCCCCUUCUGAUUAUUAGUGGAGUCCAUAGAGGUUCAAGUUGUGGCCAUAAUAUGUUUCAUUCAGGUGCUGUAGCUUGUGCUAGGGAAGCAUUAUUUGGCGGUGUACCAUCCAUGUCUAUAUCACUAAACUGGAAAAAAGAUGAAAGUCAAGAAAGUAAUUUAAAGGAUGCAGUGUCUGUCUGUUUGCCACUAAUAAAUGCAGCUAUAACUGACAUAGGAAAGGGAGAUUUCCCCAAAAGUUGCUCGCUGAAUGUCAAUGUUCCCACUUCUCCUUUGAAAAACAAGGGAUUCAAGUCGACCACUAAAAGUUUGUGGAGGUCUACUCCUAGUUGGCUAGCUGUCUCAGCCAGCAGACAGCCGUCUGCUGCACGCUUUAUGUCUAACCAACAAAGUCUUGGUAUGCAACUUGCACAGCUCGGCCGAGAUGCCUCUGCUGCUGGUGCAGCUCGACGCUCGAGCAGCCAGCAAAAGAAUGUGGAGGUUGAUUCUGUUGGAGUUUCUAAGAAGUCCGACGCUAACCGUACCGUGAAGUACUUCAUACAAGAACUUGUGGACAAGGAUCUUGAAGAUACAAGCGAGGAGCUAGAUUUUAGAGCGCUAGAAAAUGGAUAUGUUGCAAUUACUACGCUAUCCCUUUCUCCGUCUACUGAUGCAGACGCCCAAACAGCUGCCUCCAGCUGGAUUGCUAGUGCCAUUCAAGAACCUCAAUAGAACCUCCAGAGUUUGACAGAACCAGUACGUAUCAUACAUUUAAAGAUGCAGCUACAUUGGAUUUACCAUCACCAGUCCAACAUUCAGGCAGGUUCCAAGUUUUGCCAUCCUUUGCACUGGAACUCCUUUCAGAUGAUUUAGUUAGUUUGUUUACAUGAGGCUUUCCACACUAUUAAUCUGGUUUGCAGCUUGGCUUGCUGUGUAAAAUGUCAAGCACAGUACUGUUUCUUUACUGACACGGCAUUUUCUCAGUGUUUUUUUCGCCCUGUUAUUCUUUUACCUUAAAUUAUCAGGGUUAUUGGAUUUGGUUUCUUUGUACUUCUAGACUAGACCGGCUCUAUCCAUACAAGAAUUACCAGUUAGAGCCUUAGGCAGAGUUGAUGAAGCUUUACUGUUUUCCGAUUUUGAAGUAAGAUAUACUUCCUCUCUUUCUCCUUUGA